AUGGAAGAGGAAAACAUUUCAUUUGAGCCAUCAUCAGAUGCAAUGAUGAUGGAUGUGAAUUUCGAUUUCCUUGACCCAAGACCUGAAUUUUCCCUCUGCAUCAGGAAUUUCCUCUACAGUCUCUUUGAUUACCGAUGUCCGAUCUCACAGCUUGCAGAUCUUAUAUGCAAUCAAGAAAUCGGCACAUUUUUGGUUGCUGAUAAUGGUGAAAAGCCUGAAGACAACAUCUUGGGAUUCAUAACUAUAGUGAAUCUUAGUGCCCCAUCCGAUAUUUCAAGCUACUUAAUGAAUUAUCUUAGCAGCAAAGGCGACAUUUCAAUCACAAAUAACCACAGAGUCGGGUUUCUUAUUUGUGAAAGAAUUGUGAAUCUUCCAAUUGAGCUUAUUCCAGUUUUACACAAUCAGCUGGUUGAAGAUGUUAAUUGGGCAAUUGAGAAAUUUCCGCAAGCUUAUGCACAAUAUGAUUUUAUAAUCUCCUUGUCGAAAUGUGUAAAUUUGAUGAAUAACUCUGGAAAAGGAAGGAAAAAACGAAGACUGGCAGCUCCAGAAUCUCAGCUUUAUUUUAGACUGGAGGACGAAAUAUUAUUGAAAUAUUCAGAAGAAAGCUUUACGUUUGAUGCGGAGGCAGGAGCAGGAGUUCCAAAAAGAGACGCAAUGCCAACAACUGAUGACUCUCAGUAUGGCCAGGGCUUGCUUUUGGAUCGCCCUGGGCUACACGUUGCCGCCUAGGUCUAUGGAGUUGAUUCAGGCAGUAUCAGUUGUCAAGUUAACCCCCCCAAUUUGACAAUAAAAAUAUACUGGCACUUGCCAGCCCCACAGAUUGAGGCAGCAACGUGUAGACCAGGUAAUCAAAAGCAGUAUCUAAUAAACUGGUUAUGGUCCUGAGAUGGGAAAAUUACCUUAAUGCUCUUCAAGAAAUCAGUAAAACAUAUACAAAUAAUACAAUGAAUUUAGAAUAA